GUCAUUUCCUCUUCCAAACAUCCCUGAGCUACCAAAGAAGUAUUCCAUGGAUCAAAGUAAGGAAGGUUCCAAGACAACCGAGGGUGCAACACUGCAGCAGGUGCUAAAGAAGUGGAAGAAGCUCGCUGCUGCACCGAAGGACAACAGCAAGAAGAGCAUUAAGUUCCUGAAGAAGACGCUAUCCUUCUCCAACGCCUGGGCGCAGUCCACCGGUGUCCCCAAGGGGUUCCUUGCAGUAUGCGUGGGAGAGGAGAUGAAGAGGUUCGUCAUCCCGACCGACUACCUGCAUCAUGAGGCCUUCCAAGUCCUGCUUAGAGAAGCGGAGGAGGAGUACGGGUUCCGACAGGAAGGUGUGCUGAGGAUACCGUGCCAGGUUGCUGCAUUCGAGAGGAUACUGGAGAUGGUGCAGAAGAAGAAGGAAGGGUUCUGCUACAUCAGUCCGGAGGUUGAGGCUGAGAUGCAGAUGAACAGUAGAAUUCACAGGAAACAAGAUCUCAUUUGCUUGUUUUCUUGAACUCCUCCAUGGAGCUUGUAUUUGAGUAGCUUGAGUUGUAAUAAACAUGGAGAGCGUUGUAGUUUCCGAACAAGAUAGAGGUUGGCACAAAGGAAGCGAUGUGUGUAUCAUAUGAUGCUUUGCUGAGAGAACAUGAAUCAUAAUAGCACUAAAUUUCUGCUCUUGAGCUCUUCAUCAUUGCAGUAUGUGUGUGUGAAGUUGCAACUGUAGAUUUGUUUACAAGGCAUGUCCUCGAGACAUGAUGAACACUUUACAACACCACUUGGGACAUCAAUAUACUGCGCCAGUGAGAUCACUCCUUGUCAUUAUUCUUGGCAAAAAGAAGAAGAAGAAGACCAAAGAAAUGUUCUUGCUGUCAAUUUGAAGAACUUGGACUUCAUAAAGGUGGAUGAAGAAUGCUCGACAUGGGGAUGAAGAGAUCAA